AUGGCCGUGGAAGUGAAGCGCGCAAAAAGCCUGACGGCGCAAGUAGACACCUCUAUAGCUACAUCAAAAACGGUGACGGAACGCCUCGAAGCCGCGCGUACAAAGCUGAACACCGCGAGAGCCUUAGCCGCAGAGGCAUCGAGCCAGUAUUGGCUAACGACUAAGACGACGCGAGCCGCCUACCGAACCCUUGAAGACGAGAAUGGAGUUUCUCCUUAUGCUGGUCAUUCCGCCGCCCCGAUCCGGCCCCAAGGGUACGGCCUCAUGGAGACCGGACGCGCGUUCCGGGGCAAGCCGCACGACCACGCCCCGGAAUGCGUCUGCCACGGGUGCAUGCAGGCAGCAGACCUGAAUACCCAAUUAUGUCUGACUGAAAUCGCCAGCGCCCGGCGCGCCGUCCGAGCCGCAGAAUCUGAACUCCGCCAAACACUCGACGACACGCACAAGUUGGAUAUCGAUGCAAAUCAAGACGUCAAGUACAGCCAGUCGGAGGCGAAGUUCUGGUGCUCCCGUCUCGAGGAAGCUGAUCCGAAACUCUACGCGCAAAAAGUGCCUUCUUCCACCUCAAAGCCAGAUGCCCAUCCAACUGCGCAGGUGGCUGCUGAAGAGAAUGCGGCCGAACAAAGAAAGCUCGAUAAAUGUUGUUGGUGUCUGGAGGAGAAGACGACGACCGACACGCUCGGCGCUCCAAUCUGCGUCAGCUGCCGAGACGCGCUGACAAAAGCGGUCCCGAAAGUCGCAGCCGGUUAUGUUUGUAAGAAACCCACCCGAUGCCAAGGCAAAUAUUUGUGCCCGGAUUGCCGCGUUCUGAAGGCGUUCAACCUUGGCCUGCGCAUCAAAAUCAACAAGGCAAGGAAACAAACAACGUUCGCGGGUCACAAA